AUGAGUCCUGUGGCGGAGAACAAAUGGGUUAAGGUGGAUCAGAAAGGAGCAGGUCCUGGGCCGAGAAGCUCACACGCCAUCGCCGUUGUGGGGAACAAAGUCUACUGUUUCGGCGGUGAGCUCAAGCCCACGAUCCCUAUUGACAACGAUCUCUAUGUUUUCGAUCUCGAGACUCAGGAAUGGUCCCUAGCCCCUGCAACCGGAGACGCUCCUUUCCCCUGCUUUGGAGUCUCCAUGGUCACGAUCGGCUCCACCAUCUACGUCUACGGUGGCCGCGACGCCUCUCGGAAAUACAACGGCUUAUAUGCCUACGAGACUCUCACCAACAAGUGGGAAUCGCUAUCUCCCGUCGAGGAAGGGCUUCCCGGUCGUAGCUAUCACUCCAUGGCUGCUGAUGAUCGGAAAGUUUACGUCUUUGGUGGGGUUACUGCCAAGGGGCGUGUCAAUACGCUCCACGCUUUCGAUGUGGUUGAUCGGAGAUGGGUUGAGUAUCCGGCGGCUGGGGAAGCCUGUAAAGGGAGAGGAGCACCGGGGCUUGCGGUCGUGCAAGGGAAAAUGUGGGUUCUCUUUGGGUUCGACGGCACUGAAUUGGACGAUAUCCAUUGCUUUGACCUGGCUCGUGGGGAAUGGACCGCCGUGGAAACCGCCGGGGAAGUACCAUCGGCGAGAAGCGUGUUUCCGGCGGUUUCUUUUGGGAAAUACAUUGUUAUAUAUGGUGGGGAGGAAGAUCCGCAUGAGCUGAUGCAUAUGGGAGCUGGGAAGUUCUGCGGAGAGGUUUACAAGCUUGAUACAGAGACAUUAGUGUGGGAGAAGCUUCUUGAUGGGACCGAGGAAGACAAGCCGAGCCCUCGCGGGUGGUGCGCGUUUGCGGUUGCUGUCAUCAACGGUAAGGAAGGCCUGCUGGUUCACGGUGGGAAUUCUCCGACCAAUGAGCGCCUUGAUGAUUUCGUGUUUUUGGGUUUCUCGUCUUAA